UUCUCAAGGGAUGGCGUAGUCGGUGACUUUUAAAGCUCAAAAUAUCCUUUAACGCAUUUAUUUGUGUGCUAUAAUUGACAAUUCAUCAUAUUCAGUUACAGGUGGUGUUUUUUUUUCCAUUUUUCAGAUUUAUCAGUGUAAUAUUUAUAAAAUCAUGCACUAUACUUGCUGGUUAGAAUGGCACAUGUUCUUUAUUGAACUUUUAACUUUACAAACAUGUUAAUUGGUUUUGAUUAUAAAAGUUGUUUUUCGAGAUUUUUUGGGGGGCAUAUGCCUUGAAUCCUAUUAGUGUAACAGGGGCAUUGUGGGGCAUUAUGUUACAUGGUACGCAUCUUGGACCCCUAAGCCACCCCACAAUAAAGAUUGAUCCCUUCUAACCCUUUGACAUGCUGCUAAUGGCUCGUAAUGACUCACAUAACGCGCAAAACUAAGUUGCCUCUUGAUGUACAUGAGCGCGGAGGAACAAAACUUGUAAGUGAAACCAAAGGAAAGUUGUAACGAGCUGUUGGUCUUAUCUGUAGAAUCCACUUGAGAAAGAUUAAUGGAGAGACACAGAGAGAGGGAUACAGGAAGAGAGAGAGAGAGAGAGAGAGAGCACGGGGUGAAAGACAGGAUGACGGAGACCAGAGAGGAGGAGGCGGGAGAGAGCGCUGAGGACUGGCUUGUGGGAACUCAGACUCAGUAUUUAUGGAUGUUUAUCUCUCUGCUAGUCCUACGGGAAGCUCACAUUUUCCACUUGGGAAUAGCUGGUCAGCAAGCAAGAAGUUCCUCUAUGGCUGGGGGGACAGCUUAGUGACAGAGUCCUCUCACAUACACGGGACACAAAAGCCCGUGUUUCCAUCAGCAUCUGUUUAUAAGUGCUGUCGCCUAAUCUAAACCAGAGCCUUUUCCAAGUGUGCACACUGUAUAUCAUUAAUUGCCGUUUACCGAGCAGAUCCAAGUGUCCAGAGAGAGUCUUAAAGGAGCUGACAUCAGAGUCUGGGGAAGAUCCAGAGAUCUUGUAAAUGUCUGAGCGGGGCCAUAUCACUGUUUACGCACAGUGUCUGUCACUGAAAGCCCUGUUCCUCUUUAAAGGAAUCCUCUCGCCAGCGCCAGGAUUUAGUUAGAUGUGUAACUGGUCACCGGUCUGCUUUUCGCCUGAGGUUAUGUGACUGUCACAAUAAGGCCCUGUGUUUAAAAUAAUAAGACUACAAUGCAUAAAGGAACUUCAUGUAGUGUCUUAGCAGUUGUGUCAGCAGCAAUAAGUAAUUCAGUGCAUCAUUUAUUCUGAUAUAUGCUGAUGUAAAAUCGCUGCAGGCUGGAUAAUGACCUCUUCUAAGGUAAUACAUAUUGAUUUUUUUUAAAAACUGUAAGAGCGAGUCAUAUCAGCUUUUUUUCAUAUGAUUAAUAUGAGCGCAUUUAAAGAUGGAGAGGAUGGGGUCCAGCAGGUUCAGAGAGUAUAUACGGCAAUUUAAUAUCCUAAUGACAUUUUAUCUUCUAUGUAAAGCGCUUUGAAUUGCAUUGUUGUUGAAAAAAAAAGGGCUUGUGUACAGUAAUGGUAGCAGCAGUGAGGCUUUACUAAUGCAGCGCUUAUGGUCAUUUCUCACAUCAGCAUACCAACAUGCUCACAAUGACGCUAACAAGCUGACGCUAAUUAGUACCAAAUGCAAAGGACAGUUGUGUUGAUUCGCAAGUCAUUUUGCAGGUAUUUGGACAUAAAGCAUAACGUAUUGGACAGAGCGGCUCCAUUGUCUGCUUUAGUAGACAUUACUCUAGUAUAUCUCAGCAGUUAUAGUUAGUAGUAAUAGUUGUUUGCUAUUGAAUGUUAUAUAUUGUUACUUUAAGUCAAAUAGGAUGCAUUACAUCACAAUCCAUCCAGAAGUUGAGAGUUUUCCGUCUCGACCAAAGUGGCGGACCGGUCGACAGAACAACAUUGACAUCCAUAGAGUCAGAAUGAAAUAGAAUAACGGAAUAAUUAGUAAUUAGCAACCCUGGCUCAUACAAAAUGACCUUAAGACUGAACCGUCUUACGGCCGCAGUGGUUAAUGUUGUAAACAGAAACAAAAAGGAAAACACAGACGCUACAAAACUUUGUUAGGUUUAGGCAACAAAACUACAGAACAACAUUUGACUUGAAUUACUUUGAAAUUCAAACUAAACUAAACAAAAAUGACACAAACGUAUUUGUCUCUGUUAGGAAGUAAAACUACUACUUGGUUAAGUUUAAGCAACAGUAUAUUUUGGUUAGUCUCUUGGUGGAACCUUUAUGAUUUUAAAGCUUUCCACCAACCGGACCUGCCUCUCCAUGCGGACUUCUACAGACUCAUUUGAAAAAAUUUUAAUAAUAAAAAAAAAAAGAAGAAUCCUUCACAAAGCACAUGAUAUGAUAUAUGUAACCGUAAAUCAGCAGAGUCAGCAGAUGAAAUCCAAAUUGAAACCCAAUGGCACUCUCUGCCAUCACCAUCAUCAAAAGCACUAAAUAAGGAAAUAUGUUGCGAAAGAAUAUUGUUUGAUGUUUUUCCACGGUGGCUCAACACCUUAUUAAGACACUUUAUGUGACUUUAAGUCGUCAACUAUCUGUAUCUGCAUUUUAUUUAUCUAUCACUCCUACUGGCGAUGUAGGAACUAAACCUUUGUCCCUUGUCGUCAUCAAGCUACAAUUUCUCAGUUUUUUAUUGUCGAGCUGUUGUUCUUCUCUCCCGAGUGGAAACCUCUCACGAAGGAAACCGUAUAACCCUUCGAACUUCAGCAGGCAAUAAUGAAGACAUUGUGAAAGCCACCGCCAGAACUAUUACCUUUUUUGGAUGUGUUUAGUUAUCUCUGCUUGUCAGUUUAUUUCAGAGAUCACUUCCUCUCUCCUUCUUUGACUCGGCUCGGUAUUUCAGACCGCCAUAAACCUUUUCUUGGAAAACUAAAAAAAAAGAACUAAAAAAAAAAGAAAGUCUUUCAUGGGGAAUUCCUGCAUGCACGAGAGACUGUCGAGACUGAGCUCGUCUGGAUCCUCGGACGUCUCCAACGACACGUCAACAAACCACGCCGAGUCCUACUUCCUGCGGCGAGAGAACAGGCUGUCUGCGAGGAAACGGGCAGAAGAGGAAGCUGCAAACAACGACUAUAAGAAGAUGUAUGAAAAGGCACUGGCCACCAAUCAAAGGCUGAAGUCCAGGCUGGAAACAAGUAAACAGGAACUGGCCAUGAUUCAGGACCAGCUGCAAAGAGCACAGAAGGAUUGUGGCUUCAACAGGCUUGAGACAGAAAAAAAGGAAAGUCGGAGUCUACAAAAGAGGAUAUCAGAUAUGGAAGAACAGUUGAAGGUCAAAGGAGAGCUGAAGGUGGAAAACCAGAGGCUGAAGGACGAGAAUGGAGCUUUAAUCCGGGUCAUCACUAAACUGUCCAAGUGAUGAAAGGCAGCAGGAAAGACGAGAAGAAGAGGGACGCAUACCAAAAGCCAUCUCUAUCCCUGCAUUCUUCUCACAUUCAUCCGAUCCUCUGACAGAAUGUAUGUUCGAAUAGUUUUGUAAUGUUGGAAACUAACAUUUGCAGGGAUUAAGACACAUUUUACAUCAGAUGUUAAAGCGUCACGUUACCGUACUGUAUCUAACGUAGUAGCACAUUCCUCGACAGAAAAUAUAUUAAAUUAAAGUUCAUAUUGUAUACCCGUAACAUAUUUCUACAUAAAGGCGAAUGCCAACACGACCA